GCAGGUACGAAUAUGGUGAGUGAUAGCGGUUCCAAUCAUCUGACUUCAAGUCGCAUACGAGUGUGGAAAUAUAUUUUUGGAUUUCUUGUACCUUUUAUAUUACUGCCGUUACCCCUUGCAUCCGGAACCAAAGAAUCUCGAUGUGGCUACGUAAUAUUGCUAAUGGCCUGUUAUUGGGUGGUGGAGCCCAUUCCUGUUGCCGCGACGUCACUACUUCCCAUCGUAUUGCUGCCUCUGCUAGGAGUCAUGAGCACCAACGAUGCCAGCAAGGAAUACAUGAACGGUACCAACAUGAUGUUCGUUGGCGGUCUUUUCAUGGCCGUUGCCAUCGAAGAGUGUAAUCUUCAUAAGCGGAUUGCGUUGAACGUGUUGCGCUUCGUCGGGGCCUCAGCAUCUUGGAUGAUGUUUGGAUUCAUGGCCACCUCCAUGUUCCUGUCGAUGUGGAUCAGCAACACCGCCACCGCCGCCCUCAUGGUGCCAAUUAUCGAAGCUGUUAUGGAAGAAUUUGGAUCCAAAUCUCAAAGAGUAACGGAGAAUCUCAAACGCAUAUCUGUAAUCUCCGUGGAGUAUAAAAUACCGAUGGAGAAUGGACCUCAAACAAAUCUGCAAUUUAAAGACAGCAAUGGUUCUUUGAAUUUAUCAGACAAAAAUGAGACCAAAAAGAACGAAAUGGUCUCCGUGAUGAGGCGUGCCAUGCUUUUGAGUAUUGCUUAUUCGGCGAACAUCGGCGGGACAGGCACUCUGACUGGAACAGGACCUAACCUCGUGGUGAAAUCCGUCACAGAAAAACUUUUCCCUGAAUCCACGGAUCUGACGUUUGACAAGUGGAUGAUGUUUAACGUCCCAGUGAUGCUCUUCUGCGUCGCCGUUGCUUGGGGAUACCUAUUUUUGGUACAUGUUCGGAAGGCAUCAAAAGUGUACACCAAAGAAAUGAAAGACGCUUUUAAGCAAAUCAUAGAAAAGAAAUGUGAGGAGUUGGGUAAGACGACAUUUCACGAGAAAGCCGUCUCGCUGUUGUUUUUGCUCUUGGUGAUGUUAUGGAUAUUCAGAAGUCCGAAAUUCAUCGCAGGAUGGGGAAAUUACUUUCCCGUAAAAAUUUCUGACGCGACUCCCGCCAUCGGCAUUCCCGCCCUCCUGUUCCUGAUCCCUGCAGACCCACUGCACCUUGGUCGAAGCAAGGGCUUGCUCGAGUGGCGUUCCAUCCAGCAGAAGGUGCCCUGGGGGGUCAUCAUCCUGCUCGGGGGAGGAUUCUGUCUCGCCGCUGCUUCCGAGAAGUCCGGUCUGUCGACGUGGAUAACGGAGCAGUUGCUCUCUCUGAACAUUUCUUCUCCAUUGAUCGUCGUGUUGCUUCUGUCCGUCAUGACGGCCAUGCUCACAGAGUUUACCAGUAAUGUGGCGACUGCCAACGUCCUGCUACCAGUCGUGGCCGAACUGGCUGUUGCCAUGAGAAUCCAUCCCAUGUACCUCAUGAUCCCAGUCACCAUUUCGUGCUCCUUCGCUUUCAUGCUACCUGUUGCCACUCCACCCAACGCCAUUGUCUAUGAAGCCGGCUCUAUGAACACGUUAGAUAUGUUGAAGCCUGGGAUUUUCAUGAAUCUCAUUUGUGUAGCUAUUGAAGUUCUAAUGAUAAGCAGCUACGGGAAAGUCGUUUUUGACUUCGACCAGUUCCCAGCAUGGGCCAACACAACAAGCAUGACAAACUCCAGGGGUGUGUCCUAGCGGCAGCCUGGACAAACGACCAGCCAUGGGCAGUGCGGUCGUACGUCACAUCAACGCAAGACAAAAGUAUCAAGUCCAAGUUCUUUCAAUGACGAUUGCUUCGUGCCUGAAUGUGAUUAGAAUGAAGGUGGUUUGCCUCCGGAAUCUUCGUCAUUUGUUGAUGCAGAACUGUCUUCGAUGCUGUAAUCAAAUUGUAUGAAAAAAAAUAAUGUAAAACUUCUCAUGCAUUGAUUGACUAUUUCGAAUGUCGCUCAAAAUUAUGUUUAUGGGAAAUCAGAAAGUAAGUUCCGUUUUCAAUUUUUACCACGGAAUAGUUGUUCUCGUUAGAUCACGCACACGUGCUCUUUCCAUAGAGCAGGAAUAAGUAAAUAGAAGGAGCAAGUCCAUGGUUCAACCAUUGGUUUAGCAAAUCUGAGGCGAAGACGCCAAGUCAUGUGACUCAACAACGACGAAUGGCUGACACGUUUUGCGUGUAACUAGCGAAAGAAACCUGAUUUCUUCCAAUGCCUUGCUUUAAAAUCAAUCGCGUGACUUGCGAUCUUUGUUUCACGAAUUAAAGUCUUCGAUUCCUCCAUUUUAUGCGGCUUAUGCUGCUGCUGACUUAUGACGCAAUGCUGACUUAUGCGGUCACGCUUGUUUAUUCAAGUUUAAAGUGAUUAAAAUAAUCAAUAUUCCAGCAAUAUGUGAUACAAUGUCUCUCAUUAGAUUUCUCAUCGCGAGGAACUCUUAGUUGUGAAAUUCACAAAAAUAUCGGAAAAGUUUGCACGGGCUAUGGUCAUAAGGGAAUGUUUUGACCCACUAUCCUUAAAAUCCUGGUCUUACAUCAACUGACUUUCAUCUUUUAAAGCCUUCUAAGACUUUUCUUGUGAAUAAUUCCUGUCAGGCAAUUGCUAGACGGUAACGAAGUCAUAUUUGUUUGUUACCCAAUUGUUGUAAUCGAGCUUCGACACGGGCAUUCACACCCUCGUGACACUCUACAAUAAAUUUCUUAAAAGGUUUGUUACUAAUGUAAAUAAAUAGUCUGACUAUUGUAGUUUAUUAUUUAACUAAGAAUAGUUCCAAUUGGUUGUGUUUUAUUUUCUUUGUGUUACAAAACGGGACUUUCUGGAUUGCCUGAAAAUUAUUUCAUUGCGGCAAGAUCGUGUGUUGACAAAACAGCAAAGGCCAUGGUGCUCAUUCCACCAUUGUAUGUUCUUUGUUCCUUCCUUUAUGGCUUCCUGUGAAUAUUUGUGAUCCAUUUUUGUUUUGUUUUUUAAUCAUUUAUGGCAGACAUAAAGUGUCUCUAAACAUCAAGAUCAACUAGUGUGGCAUUAUUACUCAUAGUGACGAAAUAAGUUCAAUUCUUUUUUUUUUAUGUAAACUGUUACAGUAAGGGAAGAUACGCGCUCUACCACUUUGUUGUAUGAUUGCAAGUUUCCCAUCUUUAUCGCUUUAUUUGGAUACAAAACAUAAGUUAAAUUGUUGACUAAACAUAAAUGUGGCAUUCUUUUGAGGUUUAUGGAAGCGUUUUCUUGAAUUUAUUAAGCAAUUUAUUGCAUAACAUCCACUUAUGUUAUAUAUUUUGUAAGAAACUAUUAAUUGUUAUGAUUAGGUCGUUACCAUGGUCAUUGAAACUCUAUAUUUAAAAACGUAUGAAAAUAAGCGCCACAAAUCAAGAUAUAAAUUGUAAUUUAGAGCAAUCUCAAAACUUGUUAUGUAUUUGUAUCCUUCGCUGUGCUAUUCUAAAAUGGAGUGCGGCUGCUUGGUGUAAGGGUAAGGUGGGCUCGAAUCCUGGUGGGAGCCCUUUUUCUGGGUUUCUGAAGGUUCUCAUGAAUUCCAGAAAUUUUAGGCCUAAAGUCCCCGGACAAUGCAGAACGCAAGAAGCAACUGUGCAAUAAGACAUCGACACAGGCACACGUAUUUAUUGCUGCUAUGUAGAAGACAUGUCGUUCUCUAAUCCGAACGAUUUGAUAGUCCGAAUCCCCCCCCCCGCCCCCCAGUUCCAAUCAGGAUUGUAGAGGCUUUGCUGUAUGUCACUUUUAUGCAAAAAGAAAACUGUAUUUGUCAGUGUAAAAACUGAAAUCAAAUUCAUUCUCUCAAACUUUUAAGGGUUAUGUUUCACUAAAUUUUAUAUUCUGUAAGAUUUAAUAAUGAUUCUGAAAUGAGACAAAGGUAGCAUCUUGCAAUUGCUGCAUGAUGUUAAGCAAAAUCGGACAACCAAUCAAAGAAAGUUGAUUUAAUGAUGAUUCAGUACUUUAUCACGACGAAACUGCAGCAUUUGGAAUCAUUUUUUUUUUUCCUCCAACGGAUAAGUGGUAAAUUCUGCUCCCACUCUUGUUCAAAUUUAAGAAAAUUCUUGGUUGAAAAUAUACUAUAGUAAUACAAAAUAAUUGCUAUAUGCAAAGCAAAGAAAAAACUAAUUUAACAUAAGAUGAGAGUUCCUGUCUCUCAGCCGGAACAAGGCAGAACUAUGAUCAAAUACCAAACAGUUCGAUUACGCCACCCAGAAACUACAGUUUCACGCUUAUUUAACGGUCAUGAAUAUGGAAUAGCUAUAACAGAGCUGGAGGUAGCAAACUACCCAUUAAAUCUCAGAUUACCUUCACACUGAUAGCUAAAAUAAAAUUUAGUCAACCUGGUGCAGUUCACCUCGUAAAGUGAAGGCAAAAACAUAACAUUGUUUAUACAUGAAAUAAAUACACCGCCAGCUCAGUCAUUCCAGCCGAGGACUGCAGGCGGUAACUUACUGAAAAUAACAUUAUAUCUUGAGCUUAAUGCAAUUGGACAAUGAAGUGCUGCUUUUAUUUCAUCGAGAAAAGGAAGUUAUAAGAAGUACAGUGCUGGCCAAAUUAUUAGACUAAGACUUUUAAAAGCAAAUUUUUAUGGAUUACAUAACUAUAGACAUAUUAACGAACAGUGAAAGAAUUAUCUAAUAUUUAUUAUGUAUUCCCUUGUUCUUGAUGAACAUUUUAAGUCUUUUUGGCAAACUUUUUACAUGGUUUACACCAUUUCUUAACUUUUUAGAAAAGGAGGUAAAAAAUUGUUUAUACUCACUGUUAUAUAUACUCACAUACACAUACUCACUGAUUACCUAAAACUAACUAUAAAUAUAACAGAGCACACUAAUAAAAAGAACUAGUGAACUGUUUAAGCUGAUUGAGGUUAUGUUCCUGGUAGGUAGGUAAACGAUUCCGAUUCCGAGUCACAACUGACUACAACUGUAUUUAUGUCAAGGUCUGCAUACUAAGUGCCUUGCCUCCAUUAUUUUUUAUACCGAUAGAUGGCAGCACCAUCACCGGAUCGAACAGUUAAUGAGAAUUUAGAACUAGACCAGGAGCUAAUAGCUUCCUGGUGCUAGCACCCCCAGAGGUAUCAUUUUACUUGGAGGACAUUGAGACCACGAGCAUAUUUAACGUCGCCCAGUCCCCUUUAAUGACGGCGGUGGAUCUUCGACCAUCGAGGUUCGAACUCAGGACCCUCCGGCCCCGAAUCCGACACUCUACCGAUCGGGCUACCACGGCCCUAGGUAGGUAAACAAAGAACAAAAACAAAGCAGACUGUGCUGCCACCUGCAAACAUUAAAUUAUGCGAAAAUAACGUAAUAAUCAGUGUACAGUAUGUACUGUAUUUUACCAGUAAAAUAAAUAGUAUUUUAGCACAAAUAGUGUACAAAAAAAAAAUUCUUUAGUCUAAUAAUUUGGCCAGCACUGUAUUUAUAGGAUUCUUUUAUUACUCUCUUCAUUGUGACGAAAUAAGUAGUUCAAAUUUUUUAAAAGUUAACUGUUACAGUAAGAGAGCAAUUACAACUUCUUCUAAGUAAAGUAUGCUCUAUCCACCAAAUUCUUUCACAGAACUAUGACGCGGGAAACAUUUUCACUCAUAAAUUUAAACUCAAAAUUUAAACAUUAUAACUGUUUUAUCGGUGGCCGAGCGGUCUGAGUGACUGCUUGACAUUGGCACACUUGAGGCGGUGGGUUCGACUCCCGCCCUCCCUCCGGUUGUACUUUCCCUUCUUUGUGAUGUAAAUUCUUUCAUGUGUUGUUUAUAUGUGUAAUAAAAUAUAUCAUGCGUAAGGGAGGCAAAGCACUCGGAUUGUAGUCCUCAUCAAAAUAAACCUGUGCAAUUAAGAGCCAUUGUCUGUAAGAAUCAGGCAGUUUAAAGCAUUUGUGAUUGUUGACAUUUUUAAUUUUUUUUAUUUUCACAUAUGUUGUUCCUUAUCAUAAAUGUAAUGUAAAUCCGAAAUUUGAGCUUUGUCUGACUCACCAUUUUUGAGAAAACAAUUUUUUUUGUUUAGGGGGCGUGGCACAUUUUUGCCGGUUUUUCAAAUUUGCAGAUUUUAAUGUGCUUGUUGCUUGAAGCGCCCUUGUAAUGACAUGGAUUUUUUAAUUCCAUAUUACUAUAUGGCCUUGUUAGAUACUGUUACAGCUUUCAAUUCGGUGACACUACG